AUGGGCUACUACUCCUCGUACUCGUACCUUUCGGGGUCCAUCCUGAGUGUCACGAUCGUCUACGGCCUCUACCUCCUCCUCACUGGCCAGGGCGAGCGCUUCAACCCCGGGCAGUUCCUCGCUGAGUCUAGCCCCCUCGCAUGGGCUGCGACGGGUAUCGGACUCUGCAUCGGUCUCAGCGUCUUUGGUGCUGGAUGGGGCAUCUACAUUACGGGUGCGAGUAUCCUUGGUGGUGGCGUGCGCGCACCGCGUAUUAGGACGAAGAACCUGAUUUCUAUUAUCUUCUGCGAAGUCGUUGCCAUUUACGGCGUCAUCAUGGCCAUCGUCUUCUCCUCCCGCCUGAACAGCGACAUCAAGGACAUCCACACCGCGGCCAACUACUACACUGGCUACUCGCUGUUCUGGGGUGGCCUCAUCGUGGGCCUCUGCAACCUGUUCUGCGGCGUCUCGGUCGGCAUUACGGGUUCGACGGCCGCCAUCGCCGACGCGACCGACCCCCAGCUCUUCGUCAAGAUCCUCGUCAUCGAGAUCUUUGGCUCAGUCCUCGGCCUCUUUGGCCUCAUCGUCGGCCUCCUCGUAUCUGGCAAGGCCGAGGAAUUUUCGUAA